GGUGAUUAGAUUAGUACGGAGAAAUGGGAAGGAAGGAAGGUGGAAGGUGUGAGGGUUUUGCAGGAGUCAAACGCGUAGACUGAAAGUGGAAAGACUCACGCAUACAAAGGCUGAAUAUCAAUGGGGGAAAAACAAAACCCUAGAAAAAACAACCAAGAAGAAGAAGAAGAAGGUAUUAGCAAUUCAAUCAAUAAUAAUAAUGGCGAAGAAGAAGACGAUGACGACGAUGUUUAUGGCUAUGGCGUCACUAUUAGUUUUGCUAAUGAUCUCUACCUUCCAUGUCGAUUCAGUUUUGGGGGGCGAGAUGGGAGGUUACGCCAGGAGUUCUUCUUCAAGAUCAAGCCAUGAUACAAUAACUGUCUAUAGUCACCAAUCCUAUUGUACUAGUAUACCGAGAACAACUCAUCAGAAACUGAAUUCAUCAUCACCAUCGACCGAUUCCAAAUCCGAACGAAACGCGAUUAUGAUUGCGUUCUUUGCUGUUCUGUUUAUUGUUGUCAUGAUAUUUAGCUCGCAAAGCAAGGAUUCUGUGCUCAUGGUUCAGGUUGCUUUUGACGGUGCUACUGAUCAAAUUGAAAGAGAUCUUGACUUGAUUUCAAUGGUUUCUGACACUCCGACUGCUCUCGGCUUACACUUGAUGUUAUCAAAAACUAUUUCUCGCGUAUACCGUUAUCCAGAGUCUUGUGUCUCUGCCUACUCAAAUGUAAACAUGAAGCGGCCAUGGAAGGAAAUUUUUGAUCGAACAUAUGAGGAGGAGCGGAAGAAAGUAAAUACCCUUGUCGGAGUAAACGAUUUCAGGAAAGGAAUUAGAUGCAAGACAGCUACCUGUCCUAAUAAAAAAUAUGUCAUUAUGACAAUUUUGGUUGCUGCUUCUGUAAGACGUGAGCUGCCUACCAUCAACUGCUAUUCAGACCUUGAUAAAGCUUUGCAAAUUCUGACAUCUAUUGAUCAUAAAUCUAUUGAGGCAGUGAAGGUCUUGUGGACUUCUCAAGACGACAUUGAAGACUUCCCAUCUUUGAAACAUGUAAAGAACUGAUACUAUAAUUUCGCAAAUGUCUAUGUGAAGUUGUGCAAGGGACAAUUAUUUGAAUGAUAUUUAGUGAGAGAAUAUGCUUUUCAAGUUUUAGUUUCGUCAACAUAUAGUGACGAAAUGAAGAUUAGUUUUAAGCGAUAACGAAGUGGCAACACAUGGAAAAUAAAAAAGAAA